UCUGCUCUCUCUCCUCCGUCUCUUUCUCUCUCAUGUCUCCCGCAUGAAGCUCUAGGGUUUUGGCUCUCUCUCCCUCCCAAAUCUCCGAAAUUUAGGGCUUUCAAAUUUGGAACGCAAAACCCCUCCAAUCCUUUAAACUCUUCCCACAUUUCUCAAACCUCUUGGAAAAUCGAAAAUUGAAAUUUGCAAAAAAAAAAAAAACAUCACUCCUCAAUGGCCAAAACCCGACCCGGGAAAAAGGACAUCGACUCUUACACCAUCAGAGGCACCACCAAGGUCGUCCGAGCUGGGGACACAGUGCUGAUGCGGCCGUCGGAUGUGGGGAAGCCGCAAUACGUGGCGAGAAUCGAGAAGAUUGAGAGUGACAGCAAGAACAACGCUAAGGUGAGAGUGAGGUGGUACUACAGACCUGAGGAGUCGAUUGGAGGGCGCAGGCAGUUCCACGGCUCCAAAGAGCUCUUCUUGUCGGACCACUUUGAUGUUCAGAGUGCCAACACUAUUGAGGGCAAGUGCGUGGUUCACUCUUUCAAGAACUACACCAAGCUCGAAAAUGUAGGGGCUGAGGAUUUCUACUGUAGAUUUGAGUACAAGGCUGCUACCGGGGCGUUCACUCCGGAUAGAGUCGCUGUGUAUUGCAAGUGUGAGAUGCCGUAUAACCCGGAUGACCUCAUGGUGCAGUGUGAGGAGUGCAAAGAUUGGUUUCAUCCAGCUUGUGUGAACAUCUCAAAUGAAGUAGCCAAAAAACUUGAGCACUAUAUAUGUUCAGAAUGUUCGGCUGACGAAGAUGUGAAAAAAACUCAGAACUCAAUUUCAGAUGAUGUCAAGGUGGACCCUAAGCGCCGAAAGAAAUGACUUAAAUUGCAAGAGGCGAUCCAAAAUGCAGUGCUGCUGUUUGUGUCCUUGUUGGUUCUAUCAUGUGGAUAUAGAGUAGGGUUUUCAGAGGUUUUCAAGACUUGCAUUCAGGAGAUUAGGUUUCCAUUGGAAGUUUUCUUUGUAUCUCAACAAUUAAAUCGUAGAGUCUUUGCUAUAACAAAUUGCUGGUUGCGACU